UCCGUUUUGUUUUGUUUUUUUUUCUCUCUCUCGCCGGUACGCUGAUAAGUGUUCGCCUACAAUUUCAGCAAAAUGUACUUGCAAAAGGGGGAUAAUGCAAGAAGACAUUAAAUUUUUUGUUCUUCUUCUCGUUCACUGCAUUUGCGACAGCUGGUGGGGAAGCACUGGAUGGACGGGACACACCACGAUGGAUGAAGCGUGCAAGUGGGUAGGAAAAUAGUAGGAGAGAAGGAUUUGCAAAUCACUCGAAGCUCCUAACUCUCCGAAGAUUGACCUGCGAGUGUGGUGAAUGUGUGCGAGUGUGUGCGUGUGUAUGCGAUCUGUGUGUGUGCGUGUGUUUCGUAUGGUGACAGAGACAGAGUGCAAUGGUCAAGUGAGAGUGACCCAGUGAGAGGAAUGGUUCUGUACUGAAUCGUCGCGCUCUCCGAAUCCAGAAAAUUUUCAUGCAAUUUGGAGAGUGCCACCCUUUUAUCCAAGAUGCGAUUCAAGCCAUGCCUGAUCAUUUGUUCACUGGUCGUCUCCUUAGCAGAACUUGCACAAGCCUUCACCAUCAUCGACUGGGAUAAGCAGCAGGCCUUCUGCGGCCACCGAUUCCCUGACGUCCUUUCCAAGUACUGCCUCGUACACAACUCCCCGGACCACAACGUCGGUGCCUACGGUGGCACGCCCAAAACUCCAAAGCAGGAAUGCUGUGAUAAAUACUGCUCAGUUCGAUACAUUCUCAUCAAUUACUGCACCAGAGUCAAAGAAAAUUUUAUGGAAAAGUACAAUGAAACGUGGGAGAAACCGAAAUCCGAUCUGUUGAAUGAAAUCGUCAGGGAAUCGGAUAGGAAGAGGACGGAUAACCAUCCUGCUGCGCGAAGUAUUAUAAAUACAAUGGUAAUGAAGGGGGUUUCAAAGUCUAAAGGUAGUGGUUGCAAACGUAAACGUCCGCAACGAAAGAGAAAUAAGAAUGGGACCAAACGCAAUUGCAGGAAGCAUCGCGCCACACCUAACACUAAUAAACCAUCUCCAUCAUCAUUAACACCAUUAAAAAUCACAAAAACCAUACGAAAAUCAAGGCGCAAAUGUAUCUGCUGCCGCCAAAAGAGAAUCAAGGCGCCAAAAAUUCAUCAGGAUGCCAAACUGGGCAUCGAGCAAGGUCACCAAAUACCUAUUAAUUUGGACUUCAAUAUUAAAGACUUUAUAAACCAAUGAAGUGAUCUUCAGCGCCAACGAUGGUAUUAAUUUGAAUUACGUAACUGAGUUGUAGUUACUUGCUGUGAUUUGUAUGUAUUGUGUUUGUCCGUAUAACCGUUUUUUUUUACACACACCUAAUUAUUAAAUGUUGCUCUCUGAAAAGAAACAGAAGUAUUUUUGGAAGGUGCAACCUAUUUAUUGUUUCGAUUACUUUAAGUUUUAAUAUAUUUAACGAUGUAAAUUUUUUAUAUGUACUUAU